AUGGUGUACAGGGCCCAGGUCCCGAAGGUGCAGAAGGUGAUGGUGCAGCCCAUCAAACUCAUCUUCAGGAAGUUGCAGAAUAGAUCCUGGAUUCAGGUGUGGUUGAAUGAGCAAGUGAAGAUGCAGACAGGGGGCUGUAUUGUUGGUUUUGAUGAGUACAUGAACCUUGUACUAGAUGAUACAGAAGAAAUUCAUUCUAAAAGGAAGUCAAGAAAACAACUAUGUCAGAUCAUGCUGAAAGGAGAUAAUAUCACUCUGCUACACAGUGUCUCCAACUAG